ACUUGUUCCCCAACACCGUUGCCUGAAUACUACGCACGGUUCGCCACACUACAUCCACUGAUAGCGAGCUCUGCACUGGCGUUUGAAUCCCUUCCAGAUGGAACACGUCGGUUUACUGGUAACGCUCUGAGUGCAUUCACCCUACCCCAUACAGUCGAAGGUGUCUUGGAUCUGCCGACAAGCAUGACAGUGAAAUGGGCAAUUAGCGAUGGUGUGGAUGUCAUCCACAUAGGAACGGACAGUGGCAGAUUGCUGAUCAUGGCCACCGGAUUUGCAUUGACUUCAACUCAUCCAGGUCAAGUUGUGGACCAACAAAUCACCCCAGGUCAACCGUUCGUACACCGUGCUCCAAAACACGCGAUCUCCCACAACGCGCCAUUCCGCUUCCUCCUUGAACUGAAUGCGACAUUACCAGUGAAGAACGUGUUCUUGGGAGGAUCUUUGUCACAGCACACCACGGACCUACCUCCCGCAAUUGUCGUCACGGAGCUAUCCCUCAAGAUAUUCACCAUUAUUCGAACAAACUGUCAGAGAAUCGAAACGCCGAGGUAA